AUGAAGGCAAUGUUAAGUACUCCAAAUUUGCCAGUAAUUAGUGGCUUCUUAAAGGACCCACCGUUGCUGAAUAGGUCUGUGAAUAGGAAAGCCCUUAGAAGGUUUGAUUACAAUACAGGGCUUUGGAGCUGUGCUCCGGCUCUGCUCCAGCUCCAGGCAAAAACCUGCAGCUCCACUGCUCUGGAGCUGCUCCAUGCUCCAGCUCCGGGCUCCGGAAAAAAUGUGUGCGCUGGUACUGAGAACAAGCUGAGUUCUCUGUCUGAUCUUGAGCAGCAGUAUCGUGCGUUGCGCAAGUACUAUGAGAACUGUGAAGUAGUCAUGGGCAAUCUGGAAAUCACCAACAUUGAACACAACCGUGAUCUUUCCUUCCUCCGGUCUAUCCGAGAAGUCACGGGAUAUGUCCUGGUAGCUUUGAAUCAGUUUGAGUACCUCCCGUUAGAGAACCUACGCAUCAUUCGUGGGACAAAACUCUACGAGGACCGAAAUGCCUUGGAGAUAUUCCUUAACUACAAAAAGGAUGGUAAUUUUGGACUCAGGGAACUUGGCCUGAAGAACUUGACUGAAAUACUGAAUGGAGGGGUAUACGUUGGCCAGAACAAGUUUCUUUGCUACGCCGACACCAUUCAUUGGCAGGAUAUCGUGCGUAACCCACGGGCUUCCAACUUCACUUUGGUUCCAACAAAUGGCAGCUCAGGAUGUGGACGAUGCCACAAGUCCUGCACAGGCCGAUGUUGGGGACCCACAGAAAACCACUGCCAGAGCUUGACAAAGACAGUGUGUGCAGAGCAAUGUGAUGGACGUUGCUACGGGCCGUACGUCAGUGACUGCUGCCAUCGGGAAUGCGCUGGAGGCUGUUCCGGACCUAAAGACACUGAUUGCUUUGCCUGCAUGAAUUUCAACGACAGCGGAGCAUGUGUCACUCAGUGCCCCCAGACUUUUGUCUACAAUCCCACCACCUUCCAGCUGGAGCACAACCACAAUGCCAAAUACACCUAUGGAGCUUUUUGUGUCAAGAAGUGCCCACAUAACUUUGUGGUAGAUUCCAGCUCUUGUGUGCGUGCCUGUCCCAGCUCCAAGAUGGAGGUUGAAGAAAAUGGUAUAAAGAUGUGCAAACCCUGCACUGACAUUUGUCCUAAAGCAUGUGAUGGCAUCGGCACAGGGAGUUUGACGUCCGCUCAAACCGUUGACUCCAGCAACAUUGACAAGUUCAUAAACUGUACCAAGAUCAACGGGAACCUGAUCUUUCUUGUCACUGGGAUUCAUGGGGACCCCUAUCACACAAUUGCAGCAAUGGACCCAGAGAAAUUAAAUACUUUCCAAACAGUCAGAGAGAUAACAGGUUUCUUGAAUAUUCAGUCAUGGCCGCAAAACAUGACAGAUUUCCGUGUGUUUUCUAACUUGGUUACUAUAGGUGGAAGAGCCCUAUAUAGUGGCCUUUCCUUACUCAUCCUGAAGCAACAGGCAAUUACCUCUCUACAGUUCCAGUCACUGAAGCAGAUCAGUGCUGGCAACAUCUACAUAACUGACAAUACCAACCUGUGCUACUAUCACACCAUCAACUGGACCAGCCUCUUCAGCACGCCCAACCAAAAGACAGUGAUCCACCACAACAAAAAACCUGAGAACUGCACUGCAGAGGGAAAGGUGUGUAACAACUUGUGCUCAAGUGACGGCUGUUGGGGGCCAGGGCCAGACCAGUGUCUGUCCUGCAAACGCUUCAGCAGAGGAAGGACCUGUAUAGAGUCUUGUAACCUUUAUGAUGGGGAAUUUCGAGAGUUUGCGAAUGGUUCUGUGUGUGUGGAGUGUGAUCCCCAGUGUGAGAAGAUGGAAGAUAACAUGAUCACAUGCUAUGGGCCGGGACCAGACCACUGCACCAAGUGUUUCCAUUUUAAGGAUGGCCCCAACUGUGUGGAAAAGUGCCCCGAUGGCUUGCAGGGGGCAAACAGCUUCAUUUUCAAAUACGCCGAUGAGGACCGUGAGUGUCACCCUUGUCAUCCAAACUGCACUCAAGGGUGCAUAGGCCCCCGUAUUGAGGACUGCAUCGGCCUGAUGGAUAGGUGUAGAGGCCCCACUAGUCAUGACUGCAUUUACUAUCCAUGGACGCGCCAGUCCACCUUACCACAGCAUGCUAGAACCCCCCUGAUUGCUGCAGGCGUGAUUGGUGGACUCUUUAUCAUCAUCAUUGUGGGCCUGACGUUUGCCGUUUAUGUUCGGCGGAAAAGCAUCAAAAAGAAGAGGGCCUUGCGGAGGUUCCUGGAGACGGAGCUGGUGGAGCCCUUGACCCCAAGUGGCACAGCACCCAACCAAGCACAGCUUCGUAUCCUGAAGGAAACUGAGCUAAAGCGAGUCAAGGUCCUUGGCUCUGGGGCCUUUGGAACCGUGUAUAAGGGUAUUUGGGUUCCCGAAGGAGAAACAGUAAAGAUUCCUGUGGCUAUUAAAAUCCUUAAUGAGACGACUGGUCCCAAGGCAAAUGUGGAGUUCAUGGAUGAAGCACUUAUCAUGGCAAGCAUGGAUCAUCCACACCUGGUGCGAUUACUGGGCGUCUGCUUGAGCCCUACCAUUCAGCUCGUCACUCAGCUUAUGCCCCAUGGCUGCUUGUUGGACUAUGUUCACGAACACAAGGAUAACAUUGGCUCGCAGCUCCUGCUGAACUGGUGUGUCCAGAUAGCCAAGGGAAUGAUGUACCUGGAAGAGAGGAGACUGGUUCACCGGGACUUGGCAGCCCGGAAUGUCUUGGUAAAAUCACCAAACCAUGUGAAGAUCACCGACUUUGGCCUGGCCAGGCUCCUGGAAGGCGAUGAGAAAGAGUACAACGCUGAUGGAGGGAAGAUGCCAAUUAAGUGGAUGGCUCUGGAAUGUAUACACUACAGGAAAUUCACCCAUCAGAGCGAUGUUUGGAGCUAUGGUGUCACUAUCUGGGAGCUUAUGACCUUUGGCGGAAAACCCUAUGAUGGAAUCCCGACACGAGAAAUUCCUGACCUGUUAGAGAAAGGGGAACGGUUGCCCCAGCCUCCUAUCUGCACCAUUGAUGUGUACAUGGUGAUGGUGAAAUGCUGGAUGAUUGAUGCUGACAGUCGGCCUAAAUUCAAGGAAUUGGCUGCUGAAUUUUCUAGAAUGGCUCGAGACCCUCAAAGAUACCUUGUCAUUCAGGGUGACGACCGUAUGAAGCUCCCGAGUCCAAACGACAGCAAAUUCUUCCAAAAUCUCCUGGAUGAGGAAGACCUGGAAGAUAUGAUGGAUGCUGAGGAAUAUUUAGUUCCUCAGGCCUUUAACAUCCCUCCUCCUAUCUAUACCUCCAGGGCUAGAAUCGACUCCAACAGGAGUGAACUUGGACACAGCCCUCCUCCUGCCUACGCCCCUAUGUCAGGAAACCAGUUUGUGUACAGAGGCGGCGGCUUUGCUACAGAACAAGGAGUGCCUGCGCCAUACAGAGCUGUCAGCUGCAUAACUCCGGAGGCGCCAGCCAUCCAGGGGGCCACGGCAGAGAUCUUUGACGACACUUGCUGUAAUGGUACGCUACGGAAGCAGGUGGCCGCCCUCGCACAAGAGGACAGCAACACUCAGAGGUACAGCGCUGACCCAACAGUGUUUGUACCUGAGCGGGGCCAACGGGGCGAGCUGGAUGAAGAUGGGUACAUGACUCCGAUGCGAGACAAACCCACAACAGAUUACCUGAACCCAGUAGAGGAGAACCCAUUUGUCUCUCGACGAAAGAACGGUGAUCUUCAAGCUCUGGACAACCCCGAGUAUCACAGCGCCCCGAACGGGCAGCCCAAAGCAGAGGACGAGUAUGUGAACGAGCCGUUGUACCUCAGCACCUUUGCUAAUACCUUGGAAAACGCGGAGUACCUGAAGAACAAUGGGCUUCCUUUGCCAGAGAAAUCCAAGAAGGCCUUCAACAACCCGGAUUACUGGAAUCACAGUCUGCCACCGCGAAGCACCCUCCAGCACCCGGACUACCUGCAGGAGUACAGCACAAAAUAUUUUUACAAACAAAAUGGACGGAUCCGGCCCAUCGUGGCAGAGAACCCUGAAUACCUCUCUGAGUUCUCCCUGAAGCCUGGCACUGUGCUGCCCCCGCCACCCUACAGACAUCGAAACACGGUGGUGUAG